AUGGCGGCAGCUGCGCUGGCAAUGGCAGAGCAGGUGGUGGCCGACCUCCGAGCGAAGUGCGAGAAGCCGCCGUCGAUGCUGCGCGAGGUGGCGGCGGAGAUGGCCCGCGAGAUGGGCGCGGGACUGGAGAAGGAAGGCGGGAGCAGGGUCAAGAUGCUCCUCUCCUACGUCGAUAAGCUCCCCACAGGGGGAGAGGAGGGAUUAUUCUAUGGAUUGGACCUAGGAGGAACGAAUUUCCGCGUCUUGAAAGUGGAACUGGGUGGGAAUGAGAAGCAUGUCGUGGACCGUUACUCCAGAGAAGUCGGUAUUCCUCCACAUUUGAUGUCAGGGAAAUCCUCGGAGCUUUUUGGUUUCAUUGCUUCUGAAUUGGCCAAGUUUGUUAAUGAUGAGGAGAAGUGCACUAACAUUUCGAAUGGAAAGAAGAGAGAACUAGGGUUCACAUUUUCAUUCCCAGUGAAGCAGCGUUCUGUUGCUUCCGGUACACUUGUCAAGUGGACAAAGGCAUUUUCUAUUAAUGAUGCUGUAGGUGAAGAUGUGGUGGCUGAACUGCAAACAGCUAUGGGGAAGCAAGGUCUGGACAUCCAUGUAGCUGCAUUGAUUAAUGAUGCUGUUGGGACUCUGGCUGGAGCAAGGUACUACGACAAAGAUGUUGUCGCUGGUGUAAUAUUUGGCACUGGCACAAAUGCAGCAUAUGUUGAGAAGGCAAAUGCUAUUCCAAAAUGGGAGGGUGAGCUGCCCAAUUCAGGAGACAUGGUCAUCAACAUGGAAUGGGGUAACUUCUGCUCAGCCCAUCUCCCCAUCACUGAAUAUGACCAAGAAUUAGAUAAGGAGAGCUUAAAUCCAGGAGAACAGAUUUACGAGAAGUUAACAUCAGGAAUGUAUUUAGGCGAAAUUGUAAGGAGGGUGCUCCUUAAAAUAUCAUUGCAGUCCUCGAUUUUUGGCAAUAUUGACCACACUAAGCUUGAAACCCCUUUCCUUCUGCGGACUCCACAUAUUUCUGCAAUGCACCAUGAUGAAACACCUGAUCUGAAGAUUGUGGCCGAAAAACUGGAAGAAAACCUAGAGAUUAAAGGCACAUCCUUGGAGGCUCGAAAAUUGGUGGUUGAAAUUUGUGACAUUGUGGCAACAAGAGCUGCCCGGCUGGCUGCUGCAGGGCUUGCAGGCAUCCUCAUGAAGCUCGGCAGAGAUUGCAGUGUCGAGGAUCAACGAUCAGUCAUCGCCAUCGAUGGAGGAUUGUUCGAGCACUACACCAAAUUCCGCCAAUGCUUGGAGACCACCCUGGGUGAGCUGCUAGGAGAUGAGGUGUCUAAGGCGGUGGCCGUCAAGCAUGCAGAUGACGGUUCAGGAAUAGGUGCUGCCCUGAUUGCAGCUUCACAAUCUCAGUACAAAAAUGACUUAGUGGCCGUCAAGCAUGCAGAUGACGGUUCAGGAGUCAAGCAUGAAGAUGACGGUAAAGGAGUCAAGCAUGAAGAUGACGGUUCAAAAAUAGGUGCUGCCCUGAUUGCAGCCUCGCAAUCUCAGUAG